GCAUAGAACUCAGAUUCGGGUUCUGAUUUGCUCUCAAGACGUCGGGAAAUGUUUUUAUUUGUGGUUCAUUAGCUGGAGUUAUCACAAUUGUUUGGCGACAGGGGGCGUUCAGUGGGCUAGUGUCCGCUGUGGAUGAGCCUUAAAGAUGGGGUGUGAAGCGAGGGGCCCUUAGACGCCCCCGGCUGGAAGGGGCUGGGAUUUGAGGGAGACGGAUGGAAGACUCAGAUGAGGAUUUCACCGAGCUCUGCACCAAGGUGCUGAGACGGGUGAAAAAGGCGGAGGGGGAGGAUGGCCACCGGAGGGACAUCGGGGCUCCGAGAGCUCGGGGCAGGCUGAGGAGAGGAGCCGGGGGUAGGAGGGGGCCCGACCCGGGCUCGAAGAGGAAGGGGUGCGGCUCAGGCCGCGCGUCCCAGGCCGCCGUGCCCCCUGCGGUGUGCCCAGCCCCGGAGAGUGACCCCCCUGGCGCCCCUCCAGCGGUCAGCGUCGGCGAAGCCUCGCCCCGAGGUGUCCAGGGCCCAGGGAGGAUGGGCGUGAAGGAGAAGGUGGUGCGGCGCCUGCAGCGGUUUAAGAGACUGAGCCCAGAGAGACUGACGCACACGGACCUGGGCACGGGGCGGGACCGCUACACGACAGCUUCGGGACCAGGGCCCGCUGUAGUCCUGGACCCCCAGCGCGAUGAGGCCUUGGCCUGCCAGCUGCAGGAGGCUCUGCAGAGGGAGGCGCUGGACCUGGAGGGUCUGGAGGAGGGGGGGCUUUUCUUCUGCCAGAUCUGCCAGAAGGACCUGUCCGCGAUGAACUCCCUGCGCCGCACACAGCACCUCAACAGGUGUUUGGAUGACACAGAAGCAAGUGCGCCCCCCUCCUCCACUGGAGUGCCCGAGUGUCCGAUCUGCGGGAAGCAGUUCCGACACCCCAAAACCCGAGCGGCACACCUGAAGCGAUGUGCUUCGGAGAUGGGGGUCCCUCCGGCCCAGCUCCUAGAGGCCAUAAAGAGACAGGCAGAAGACCAGGGGGGGAACACAGCCAGGCCCCACCCCCCAGGCGUGCGGUCCAAGAGGAGGGGCGCCGGGGACCCCGGCAGGCCGGCGAAGAGGCCCCGGAAGCAGGCCGAGCCGCUGGACGAGGACACCAUGCUGGCCCUGGCUUUGUCGCGCUCCAUGGCGGAGGAGGAGGAGGUGGAGCUGAGGCUGGAGCCUCCUGGAAAAGCCCCAGGUGUACAGGGGAGACCCACAGCAGGCAGGCGACGCAGGAAGGCCGCGCCCGGCCCCCUCCCGCUGCUGCUGGCCCAAGACCCCGAGGCCGCGCGGCGCAGGCUGCAGGAGCGCGCCGCCGCCCUGCUGCUCCGGGAGUGGCCGAGCGUCCCUCCCGGGCCCGGCUUGCCGGCCAGCGCCCUCCGCGCCGAGAGAGGCGGCGUGGGCCUGUGGGAGCGCAGCGCCCUGCGCGACGUGGACCGCGGCCCCGCCCCCGCCUUCUACAGCCGCGAGCUCGUGCCUCCCAUCGAGCCCUGGGCUCCAGCCGCGGAAGGCGGAGCCCCGCGGAGCCCAGCUGCAGAGCUGGAGACACAGCCGGUGACCUCUGACCCUGGGGGGGUCCCCAGCCCCCAGCGCAGCCAGACUCUGUGUGACCUGAUGGAGCUGGCAGACGAGGGGCUGACCCUCACGCAGUGGGGUCUCCGGCCGGCAGGCGCUCCCGGCGCCGCGCAGGACCGCGGUACGGACACCACGGUGACUGACCUUCCUCUCAGUGGCUUCGUUCCAACUGCAGAGAACAUGCAGGCAGCUCCCCAGGGCUCGGUGGCGCAGUGUCAGCUGGUCUCAGACCUGGCUGGCAUGGUGAAUAACCCCCAGCUCAGUGAUGUGCAGUUCCAGACGGACUCUGGAGAUGUGCUUUUCGCUCACUCCUUCAUGCUGUAUGCACGCUGCCCCCUACUGGUCCAACUGGUCCACGACGAGGGUUUUUCUGUGGAGGAGGAGGCCAUGCCCCCUGCCAGGCGCGUGCUGCUGGGCGAGGUGCCGCCCGAGGCCGCCCGCCUGCUGCUGCAGUACCUCUACACCGCCCGCUGUGCCCUCUCGCCCGCGCUGGCACCCCCACUGCAGGACCUGGCCGCCAGGUUUGGCCUGAAGGAGCUGGAGGAGCUGUGCCGAGAUGCAGCCGCGAGCGGAGGGGCCGGAGAAGAGGUGGAGGCCCGGCUGGACUCUGAGGAAGAGUGUAGCAACGGCGAUCGCAAUUUCCAGGAGCUGCUGCGCUCCAUGUGGGUGGAGGAGGAGGAGGAUGGGCAAGGCCUGGGGAGGCGCGAGGAAGGUCCAGCUGAGGGUUUUGGCUUGCAGCCCGAGACCCGAGCAGCGGGAGACGAGGACCCAGACAACGAGAGGGUGGGUGAGGAGGAGCUGGAGGAGAUCUAUGAGUUUGCUGCCACCCAGGGGAGGACAGUGGGCAGGUCGGAGGGGGAGAGUGAAGAGGAGGAGGAAGAUGAAGAAUGCCUGAACACUGGAAGUGAAGAUGCAUGGAAGGACCGGAGAAAGGAAGAAGAGUGCGUGCUGAGGACAGGGUGUCCGUUUUCACCUCAGAGAGACAGAGGCCACUUGAGUACUCCGCCGGGAGCAGGAGGGUGUGAAUCUAAGCAAAGCCAGGUCAUCCAUCCCUCGAAUGGCUCAGACCUGGGCAGCAGCGUUUCCCAGACACGGCGUCGAGAGGGAGCAGGUGAAUUUGAAAGCAGUCGUGGAAACAUGGACAAGGGAAAUUCAGUAACCGCUCCUGUCCCGGUAUAUCACGAGAAAGGCAGAGCAGCCUUGGACACCUCAGGUGCAUCCGUUCCGGGUCGCGAUUGUGAAAAGAGUUUGGAUAAGAGCUACGACAGGAUCUUCUCCGAGUCCUGGGGUGAUUAUGUGGAGCCCUCUCAAGAAGACAGGCGGCACACACAGGAAACUGGGGCUGGGGAGGCUGUGGAAGAGCACCCUACCUCAAGGCCAAAUCUGGAAAUCUGUGAAACGGCAAGCAGAGAAGAUCUUGAUCCUCCAUCCGACAGCGAGUCUUCAGUCAUCGACCUGUCUGUCAGCCCUGCCCAGAAGCCAGGAGAUGCCUCCUCUUUCCCCUUUGUGGGCUCCUCUCCUAUUUCACCUCUCGAGAAAUUCUCAGGAGCACGAAAUGCAACGUUAGUGGACUGUGGAAGAACGUCGUCCAAAGGGUCCAUCUUAACUAAUAAUCUUGGAAUCUGUCAGAAUCAUCCUGGCGACCACUUGAGUGAGGUCAGUCGCCAGCCCGAUGGGACAGGUAGGACGUCUGUCUCCUCCAGUAAGGAGAGCAGCACCCCAAGGAAGACAAGUCAAGGACCAACUUGUACCUUUUCCCAAAGGGACUCAUCUGCUUCCAAACCAGUGGACAUUAUUGUCCUGCUGGAUUCUGAUGAAGAAAUGGAGUUUGACCCAGGAAGGGAAGCAACCACAUCUUCCAGAAAAGAAAUCAAGACCUCAGAGGGGGAGGCGACUGCUCACGAGACAUCAAGUUUGUAUUUGAAUCACCUGAAAGAGGAGGGCGAAAAGCUUUUGGAGAAAUCACCCGAAAAUCCAAUAAGACCAGAGAGGGAAGGUGAUUUCCAGCUGUCGCCUGAGGUUUCCUCCCCAGACCCGAACAUACCUGUGGAAACCUCCCUGGAGUCCUGUAGAUUGAGCCUUCAACUGAGUAGUGAGAGUGAUCUUGGCCAUGAAGAUAGCACCAGCAUGGAGACCUCCUGGAUGAUCCCUGGCACUCCUGUACUUCCUGUCAGAACGAGGCAUGAGUCCACGCAGACCCCCAGCACAAUGGGAGUGCAAGCCAUCAGGCGGACCAAUCUGUUUCGCAAGUCCUCUAGGAACGAGCCUGGUUUGUUCAGCAGUGGCAGCUUGGCUGGAUCCAGGGAAAAGUCCUCUCGCGUCGACUGCUCAGAGACCACAGGCCUUUCUAAAUCUACCAGCAAUCUAACCUCUGCUCCUGCAGAGAUGCACCAGCCAGGCAGGAGACGGCACAGUUCAGCAGAGUCGCCAACACUCAGUGAGAGCAAAGGCAGCUUCCAGGCUGUGAAAUCCAUUUCGAGGAGCCAGAUUUCUCCACAGGAACCCAGCAGUGCUGAAACUGACAGCACAGUUUCUAGAAGUCCCAGCCGGCUGUCGCUGUCCACUGUUGCUCUUUGCCAGAGCCAACUGCCAAGCCUUACUUCACCUCCCAGCAAGGACUUCAUCUUAAAAAAGAGCUCGUCUGCCCCUCCAGCCGAUGAAAGCCAUGGGUCAGCACGUUCUCAAAGCUCCCCUGAGACUCUGUCACUUAUCAGGACAAGGCGCCGUUCAUCUACUGACGGUGAUGUAAGCUGUAAGAGUUCUGAACACUCAGAAUCGUGCUCCAUGGGUUCACCGAGUUCUCUGGAUGUCAGUGAAAGCGACCGGAUUCAGGGAUCCGGCCAUAGUAGUAGAAUCUCCAAAGGAAGGGGUAGAGAAGUUAAAAUCACUCAAAGCACUGGUUCACUAAAGCUCUCCUCAUUGAAGUACAGCCCUGAAAGGAAAAGCUUUGAAUCUCAGUCCAAUUCUUCAACAAAAAUGGCAGAGCCUGGUGUGAACCGGGGCUGUGAGAACUCUGCUGGGGCUCUCUUGCAAUCUGAGAGUGAUCCGCAGGCGUUGGCCAGCAGGCGGUCCCCCGCCACAGCAGUGUUUGAGGUAGAGGAGAGCGACGAAGAUGGGCACAGCCCUCCUCGGCCUGACCACAGCUUCUGUCUGGAUGAGGAGCCCCCCCUGCCCUUCGAGAUGAGCUGGAGUGCGCCCAGGAGCAGUGAGUUCGUGCGUUCAAGCCCCUUGGGGACCAUCAGGGAUGCAGUCUCUCCGGAGAAAUCCCCUCCUUCUUCCCAGCCUAAUCCCACCCAGCAGCCCCAGGCGGUGGUGUCCAUGGAGGACCACCCCAGCCUACUGGACUCGAAGAUCUGGGAUGUCUGGGAGCAAGAGGAGGAGGAGGAAGACAUCCUGCCUCUUUCACAAAGGGUGCCUUCCAUCGCCCUCUCCCAGAGAGUGAAGGAGCUCAAAACUCCAGUUGCCCCCCGGAGGAAAGCCAGGGGCCCAGUGGUGCCCAUCACGCCGAUGCCCAGCUACUCCGACAUGGACACUCCGGAACUGAAGGCCAAGCUCAACAGGUUCGGUGUCCGACCUCUGCCCAAGCGCCAGAUGGUCCUGAAGCUGAAGGAGAUCCACCAGUAUACGCACCAGCUGACCAGCUCGGACUCGGAGGACGAGGCGCUGGCCCAGCCCGCUCAGCCCGGCCCCGUGUUUCCCAGCGCUGCCAGCUCCUCUGAGGCCCCACGCCCACAGGGAAGGAAACCCCUCCCCGGCGAUGUGGGAUCUGGGCGAUUUGAGGAGCCCGGGCGCGGGGCGUCGCCUGGGGAGGCGGGGGGCUUUGAGGGGGCCGAGCAGCUGCCCGCCUUGCAAGGCUCCACCGCCUCGUCCGCUACCGCCAGCGAGGACUCCUUCUCAUCCCAGAGGUCGAACCCGGAGGAAUGCGGUCCCUCGGGGGACGAGGAUGAGGAGGAAGGGUUUACCCCGUCCCAGGCCGCAGUGCGGGAGGCGGACAAGAUCGAGGCGGUGCGCCGGUUCAUCACCUCUGACCCCGAGCUGCACCGCUCCGUCCUGCUCUACCAGCCCCUAGUCCUCUCCCAGCUCCAGGCUCAGCUCCAGCAGGCGGGCAUCCGGCUGGGAGCGGCCAAGCUGCUGGACUUCCUGGACUCCCAGUGCAUCACCUUCACCACCGCCAAGCCAGGCCAGCCCCGGGGGCAUCGCCGGCGCCAGAGAGGGGGCAAGUCGGGGCGCCACAGAGGAGCGGGCAAGGGGGGGGAGUGAGGGACGCCGGCUCAGCGGAGAGGAGUAGGAGCCAGCCCCCCCCAUGGGCACAGCUCGCUGCCACCCUGGCACUCGGACUCUUGGGAAUCCCGGUAGCACCGAUCCCGAAAUCCUGCAAGAGCAGCGGUUCACCCUUCUUCGCAACCUCCUCGGUAUUUGCCGUCUCAGAUUAGGGCUUUAGGAUCAUUCAUGACACUGUGGAGGAGGUUUAUAUAAAGAUCGGUGGCUACCAGUCCUGAAUUAGGGCUACAACGGUGGAUGUCGAACAAUACGAUUUUAAUUCAGUUCAGCGAAAGCGGUACCUUUUAUGAAAGUCUUUUGUAAAUGGACAGACUGAUACCAAAAUACGCUGAGGGUGAAGGGAACAGUUUUUGGAGAUCUCUAAAGGUUCUGCUGUUGUGUUGACUUUACUGGGCACCCAGGUUUUGAUGUAUUUCAAUCUGUUAUUGGGAACAUGUUUUUCAUUUCAAACUAUCUGAGCCAUAGCUGUGCACAUUCCAAGUGUUUCUUUUAUCCCAACUUAUCAGCAUAUACAAGCUGGCCCAGAACAUCUUAGUUUUAGUUCAUGUUUACAGUUAGGAUUGUAAUUGCAUCUCUAGCUUGUUUCUGGUCUUUUGUUUUCUUUCAUACUGUGAAGCAAUUGCUUCUUGCUUAUUUUUGUUUCCAUUUCCAUUCCUUGCUGGUAUUUAUGUUGUGACACAAGCAGGGUGCCCAGUUCCGUUUGUGAUCACGUCUCGGCAAAUUCUGCAUAAAAGGUGUCAGUUUGGUUUGAGAAAUUUGUAUUAAGACCCGUAAUCUUGCUUUUAUGUCAUUUAAGAUGCAUUUCAGCUCUGAAAGGUAUCUUGGCCGGUUUAGCCAGUUACUUGUGUGCAGUUACCUACCAGGACACUCGUGCAGUUCUGUUGGAUUUUCCAUCCUUUCUCGAGGCUUUUGGACUUUGGACUGAAGUUUUUCAGUUUUGAUAUUUAGAAAUGCAACAGCUCAGUGUUCUGAUCUUCACCAGCUUCACUUCUGUGAAAUCUACGAUUUAAGAAUUUUUGCAAUGAAUUUGACUUUGUAGAACUGUUUUUAAAUUACUGUAGUACACUUUUAUUGCUUUGAGAUGUACUGAAAAAAAGUCUGUAUUGUAGUGUCUGAUCUGUUGUGAUAUAUGUACUUCGGUGGUUAAGAAAUACAUUGUUUUUGUAAAA